AUGUCUCGUGUCCCAGGUCGCCAGGACCCCAUUGUGAUGGUGAUAGAUUUCCACCACGCCAGGGGUCCUGAAAUUGAAUUAUGCUUCGGAGAUGAAGGCACCGACCCUGCUACGGAAAACGAUUGGUCUUUGCUGCCGUUCAUGGCGCUCUCCGACGGCGCGCACAUGUCGACGGAAGAGUUCUCCUACUUCACUCUCCGACGCAAAGAGACCGCCACCGAACCCGCGACCUCUCUCUUCGGCAUUGCGUGCUCCAGACAGAUCGACUCGAACACCCUCCUCUACCGCCCCCCGGAUGUUACCAGAUCGACAGUACAGAAGGCAGUGGUUGUGGUGACGGACAACCCGCAGAGCCUGGGACAAUUGCGGGAAAAGGUGUCCAUUGUGACAUCGGCUUGGUUUGCGCAGCGGAACUUCUCCGACACCGAUAUCUUGAAGAAAUUCAGAGAGAGUUUGGUGAUCAGCCUGCGCCAGAAGGAAGGGUCAAAGGAUCAGAAUCUCGGUCUGUCUUUGCGAGAAAUGAUCCACGAGUUCAAGUACCAGACUCUCGUUCUGUUCAAAGCCUUGCUUUUACAGCCAAAGAUGUUGUUCUUUGGAUCGAGAUGUGAACGACUCUGCAUGAUACAAUUCUCGCUCAUAUCUUUGAUCCCGGGUCUCAUGAAUCGCCUCGAAGAUUGCGCCGAUCCAGCUUUUGAUACCUAUGCACAGACCGUCGAGAAGUCGACUUCUUUAAAGACGAGUGACAGGUCUUCUUUACUAGCGUACAUGGGCCUGCCGUUACAAAUAUUCGGAAAGGGAAGCAUGUUCGGCCCUUAUACCCCGCUGCAGCAGCUGGACCUGCUGGCAGACCAUGGAACGAAGUCGUACGUGGUCGGUUCUACAAACUCGCUUCUUCUCCAACAGAAAGACCGUUAUAGUGACAUUUUAAUUAACCUGGAUGAAGACACUAUUAAUGUUUUGACUCCUUCGCUACGCAACGCUCUGGCGCUUUCAGUUGCCGACCGACGCUGGAUCGAUCUUCUAACCCAAAUCAUCAACGAAACAUGGGACGAAGCGCACCCCCAGCAACCAAAGACACACGGCUACAUGGGCUCGGAAGAGUUCGUCCGCCUCCAAUUCGAGGAGUAUCUACUGGCGUUGCUGGCGUGUAUGCAAUAUCACGAGGAGCUCAACUCCUACACCGCCGGCGACCCGGGCCAUAGGAGCAGAGCGCAAUUGGAGGCCUUCAACAUAGAGGGCGACCCGGCGCUGGAAUUCAACGUGGAGUUUCUGAACUUGUGGAGGAAUACAUCCAACUACGCUUUAUUCAAGCGCCUGACGUCCGACGCGCUCCUAUUUUCCAUCGUUGAGCCCCGCCAUCCUUGCGCCGGUGGACUGACGAUCGACGACAUCCAACGCCGGCUCUCGCAGCAAGUCGCCGACCUCCACCUGGACGAACGAGUCCGCGAGGGCCGCGAGGCGCUCAACCGACACCUCAGCACGGGCCAGAAGAAAGUAAGCGCGGCUUUCAACAGCUUCUGGGCGGAUAUCGAAUCGAUGCGGGAAGCGCAACGCAAGAGGAACGAAGAAAGGGCCGGACAAUCGCAACGGACCUCCACGGAGAAGAGUCCGUCGCCGCCGUUCUCGCCCUCGGACUCGGCACCGGCGAACUCCACGGGCGGGUGGUUCUCGAGCCGGAAGCCACCCGCGGUGGAUAUCACACAGGCGCAGGCGUCCGUGAACGCGGUCAGCCAGCGAGCCGGCUCGUAUAUCAGCUCGUGGAGCGCAUGGGCCAGCGAGAAACGCAAGGAAUGGCAAGAGAAGAAGACCUCGCCGUCGCCGACGCCUUCGAUUGCCUCCCCGUCGACUCCGACCUUGCCGAGCGUCGCUGAGGCCGUGGAGGCGGACCGAGGCCGGCGGAAGUCCCUGCAGGCGCGUCGCAGCGAAGACUCGGUGGCUCUGUCCCGCAGUGGAAGCCGCAGGAAGAGAUGGAGCAACAUUUUGCUGAGGCGCGAGAGCGGGGAGUUCGGUGCUCCCCACACCGGCGACGGCAGUGAGUCGGACGUCGUGUAUCCUCGCUCGCCGUUGUCUCGAGAGCCGCCUGUCUUCGGCGAUGGUGAACCCGAGCCAACAAAAGAUGAAUCAACCAAGGCAACAACGCAGACAUGCCCUCAGAAGGACGAUGAGAAGAAACCUACCGAGGCGUCAAAGCAACCGGAAGACAGCGCCCCUACGAGUCAGCCUCCACCCGAGAAUGAAGCUGACAAGACAGCCGACAACAAGACCGAAGUGUCCUCCGAAAAGCAACAAGAAAGCACUGCACCCACGACGCAAUAA